AUUAAUGACGUUGGUGACGUCACGUCCGUAGACGCUGAGUUAGCUUUAGCAAUGUGGCACCAGUCUGUCAGCUCCCUUGUGCUUUUGUUUCUUUUACCAUAAUCACAUAAUUUAAGAUGUCUCAUGCGGCUUCUUCCUGCAUCCAAAACUCUGCCGAUGCUCCAGUGGAAGCGGAACAAAGUGCCCCCGAGAGCGAGGCUGUCCGCAAAGAGGCUCCAGACGUCCAGUGCGUUUUAAAGAAGGUGGGUUUCACGAGCGCCACCUUCAUUGGUCCCGCCUUCCCCCCGAAGAAGCACAUUGAUAAAUCGCUGAGUGACUUUUACAAAGAAAUCCAAGCCAUUGACGAUGAAGUUGAGAAAGAACGGGAUGCUUUUAACCAAGUGGAAACAUCAACGCGCAAACUCCCAGAGAAACGUCUCACGGAGGAAGACCGACGCAAACCUUCAGGAAAACCUCCCAAGAUGUGGCACUCGGGCAGAGAUCCAGAAAAAGAAAAACGGUGGCCUCCUCGCUGGCACAGAUACGAGCCGUAUUACACUCACAACAUGAGAUCGCCUUCUUGGAAUCACCCGGAUUACGAUCCGCCUCCAAUGUUCCGCCCACCUCCAGAUCACAGCUCAUUCCACAGAUUCCACCACCCUUUACCUCCACCACCUAGCGGCGACAUGCAAUACGGCUAUCCCCCUCGAUUCCCGCCUUUCCCCAGGUUCUCGCCACCCCCUCAUUACGGUCAUCAUGACGCCGGAUGGUCCUACGAUGCACCACCGCAACGUCACUCGGAGUACUAUGACGCACACCUUGACCAAACUCCGUCUUUGGUGCUCAUUCUCAUGAGAGGCCUGCCGGGCUCGGGCAAAACCACAAUGGCGAGGGAGUUGCUGGCGACGGGUCCCAGCGGGCUCAUUCUGAGCACAGACGACUACUUUAUCCACGACAGCGGCUACCGCUACGAUCCCAACCUUCUCGGAGAGGCGCACAAGUGGAACCAUCAAAGAGCCGGCGACGCCAUGCGCGAUGGCCGCUCUCCCGUCAUCAUCGACAACACCAACCUGCAGGCUUGGGAGAUGAAGCCCUACGUGCAGAUGGCUUUGCAGCAAGGAUACCAGGUGGAUUUUUGCGAACCAAACACCAGCUGGAAGUAUGAUCCCCACGAGCUGGAGAAGAGGAACAAGCACAGCGUGUCUCAGGAGAAAAUCGCUCAGAUGCUGGAUCGCUUCUGGUGGCCCGUCUCCAUCGAUGCCGUGUUGAGUUCUCAGGAGCCGCAACACGUCCAGCAGCGGCAGCAAACGGAGCAGAGCAAAGAUGGAGCUCACUUCGAAUAGUGCAAGCGGGAUUUCGCCACCAACAACGAUCGAAAGACUUUUGUACAGUUUUUGUAAAUUGAAGAAGCUUUAUCGUCCUGAUUUAGAAACGUUAAUGAAGUCUUGUAUUUUUUUUUGUUAUAUUGUCCUGUUUUAGAUUUAUAUUGUGUAUAUAUGUACUUUUUCAGAGCUGCAAAGCUUUUUUCUCAAUGAAAGAAAAAGAAACAAAA